GGAAACAGCGAGUGAAUGAGCGGCGUGUGGGAGAGACAAGACGGUUUUGCAAGAUGAUCAUCCCAGUCCGGUGCUUUACAUGUGGGAAGAUUGUAGGAAAUAAAUGGGAGGCUUACCUUGGCCUUUUACAGGCUGAAUAUACAGAAGGAGAUGCGCUCGAUGCCUUGGGCCUAAAAAGAUACUGUUGCCGCCGGAUGCUCCUGGCUCAUGUCGACUUGAUUGAGAAACUGUUAAACUACGCCCCUUUGGAGAAAUGAGGGGGCAGCUCCAAUCUGGACCAAUCAGAUGUUUAGAAGCUGGGCAGCCAUCAGGGGGGAGAGUUGUAGGGGGCCCGAGGGUAAGGGGGGGCCCUGCCACGCCACACUUACUUGAUUAUCCAGGCCCCCAUCUUUCUGAGAGCUGCUGACUUUGGGAAGGCAUGGACAUUUAAGGGGCCCUGGCCACCAAUUUUCUCAUAAUGUGGGGGGGGGGGAGGGGGCAUGCCCACCAAUUUUUCUUUUCUCAUGUGGGGUCCUAGCCACCAAUAUUUUUUAAUGGGGGGCCCUGACCACCAAUAUCUUUUUAUUUUUCAUUAACAUGUGGGAACCCUAGCCACCAAUAUUUUUUUUGUUUUUUUACUGUGUGGUGGGGGCGGACCUGUGGGGUGGGGAGGGCAGACCUGUAGGUGGGGCUUGUGGUUGGUGCAGCCCAGGGGGCCCAGGAAAUGUUGUUGUAUGGGGCCCUGUGAUUUCUGAUGGCGGUCCUGUUUAGAAGCCCAGCCAGGAGAACAAUCUGUUUCCAGCUCUGAAACCACCUUGAACUGGGUAGUUUUUAUGGACUAUUUUCAGAAUACGAGCAUUUUGUCAUGUGACUAAUAAAGGUAUUUUUGUUUUA